CAACUUCAUUACCCUCAUAUCGAGGCUGUAUAACCUUAAACCCACAAACAGAAGGUUCGAGGGGGCAUAAAAUGUUCUUGUUUUCUCGUGUGCACUGAAGCAUGUUUUUGAAGGUAAAUAUUCUUUUCCCAACAUGAAAUAGGUCUUUGUUGUUUGCCGAGAGGUAAAGAGGCGGAAAAGUGAGGAGGAUCUGAACUGGUUUCCAUGUCAAACACUUCAAUUCACCAUAGAAACUCAGAUCUUAACGCGGAAACUUUAUUAAACUGUGAUGGUGGAUUGAUAAGGGCCGAAUUUCUAUCGGCCUCUUUUUAUUGUGGGCAGCCGGCGGGCUGACAGAGGUAAAUUGCUCUUUUAAUUAAAGCAAUGCACCAGGGGAAAUUGCUGUCUGAAUAUUGUCUCAGAGAUGGGGGCCAGUGACAGUUGCCUGGAAACUUCAAUCUGUCCACCCGCAUUUAUUCCAGAUCACAGUUAUGAGAUAAAGUUUAAUAAAAAUCUUUUCCUCCUCCACCAACGAAAUGAAAUCCAACCCUUUCUGAACAACUGAACACAAUGAGACAGGACUGCGGAGGAAACCUCAUGUUCAACAUGUAUCUCUCAGAUCCAACAGAAAGUCUGUUGAAGGAAAGCAAAGGAACAACCUGGGGUCCAAUAAACACAGGAGUCCAAAAAGGCAGUGGGCAGAUUCAGCUGUGGCAGUUCCUGCUGGAGCUCCUGGCCGACAGCACCAACAUGUCGUGCAUCGCCUGGGAGGGCACCAACGGCGAGUUCAAGCUCAUCGACCCGGACGAGGUGGCUCGGCGCUGGGGGGAGCGCAAAAGCAAACCCAACAUGAACUACGACAAGCUGAGCCGGGCGCUGCGGUACUACUACGACAAAAACAUCAUGACCAAAGUCCACGGCAAGCGCUAUGCCUACAAGUUUGAUUUCCACGGCCUGGCGCAGGUGUGUCAGCCGUCCACCACGGAGCAGGCCAUCUACAAGUUUCAGGGGAACUUCUCACCGAUUCCCUUCUCUGGGAUUUCCAAACUGAACCUAGUGGCCCCCGGCGUGGGGCCGUCGGGUUUCUCCUACUGGCCCGGAUCCCCUCCGACGGCUCUGUAUCACAGCCACAACCUCCAGCCUCCCGGGCCCUUUGGCACCGUGUCUCCGUCCCACAUCAGCUGUGUCAACAACAUUAACAGUCUGAAUAACAUUAAUAGCCAUUACAACUGACUCUUAAUGCACCUUUAAGACAAAUUGGAAAAUUAUAGAUGUAGCAGCAAACGACGAGAGAUGACAGAGAGGACAGAAAUGUCGCUUUUUGGUAACUUGAGGGUGAGAAUACUGGAAUAAUUGGGUUUAAAAAAUAUAUUGUUUUGAGUCGGAUAAACAUAACGAUGGUUUUAACAGCAAAAGGUUUAAUUAUGGACCUGUAGUCAUGUAGAUGCCAUUGAGGCAACGGCUGUAUGUAAAAAAGAUGUCUGAAAACGUGUAAUAAAGAAAUAAGUCAUUUAGCCCUGUUAGCCUUUAAACCAAGACGUUUUUUCCACGAGAAAAAUCAAUCAAAUAACGCACUAAUAUAUGAACAUUUACGCACGGUAUUUGAACGACUAUAGUACCUAGGAUUUUAAUUCAUGACCCAAAAUAUGGAUGUCGUCAUUUCCGCCACAAUCUGCGAAAAUGAAUCGGAAAUCAUCAGAGCCUUUCGUGUGGGAGUUUUAGAAAUGAACAACGUACAGAACAUACAUAUCAGCCCUCUUUCCUUUUCUCGUCCUGCUU